CUAGCAGACAUUUCCCGCAUGUGAAUGCAGUGGUCGCAGCAUUGCUCAUUGCUCAUUGCAGUGCAUGCGCAUUCGGGGAGCUCCAAAGCUAUGCUGCAUUCAGCUCUGUAAGGGGAAGGGAGAAAGUAGCUUCACAAGUCUGCUUCCGCCAUGGAUUUUGAGUCUGCAGCAGCAGAUGCUGUCCCUGAAGAAUUGUACCACCCGCCGAAGGGCUUCAGAGAACGGGCGCUGAUUAGGUCGAGAGAGGAAUAUGAUGCAUUGUAUAGGGAGUCCAUCGAGGACCCUGAGAACUUUUGGAGCAAGCAGGCGGAGCCAUUCCACUGGGAGAGAAAGUGGACGGCCCCUUUCUGCGAGUACAACUUUGACAUGCGCAAGGGCCCCAUCGUUGUGAACUGGUUCACUGGGGCCCAAACAAACGUGUCAUAUAAUGCUCUGGACCGCCACGUGAAAGCGGGGCGGGGGGACAAGGUGGCGUUCUACUGGGAGGGAAAUGAUGUCGGCAUAAGCAACACGCUAACUUACAAGGACCUUCUGACAAAGGUGUGUAAGAUCGCGAACUUCCUCAAGAGCGAGGGAGUCAAGGCUGGCGACACUGUGAGCAUCUACCUUCCAAUGAUCACCGAACUGCCUGCGGCCAUGCUGGCCUGUGCUCGGAUUGGUGCGGUUCACUCGGUAGUUUUCGCUGGGUUCUCUGCGGAGUCUUUGGGCGACCGGUUGAUCGACUCCCGGUCCCGAGUGCUCCUGACCGCCACGGGGGUGCUCCGAGGCACCAAGCUGGUCGGCCUCAAGCAGAUUGUCGACGAAGCCUGCGAACGGUCUGCCAAAGGCGGUCACACGGUCGAAAAAGUGGUGGUUUAUGAUAACGCAACGGCCAUGAAGAGGGAGGACGUGCAGAUGGUCGAAGGGCGGGACGUCUGGUGGCAGGACGCGGUCGAGAAGCAGGAGGACGAGUGCGAGGUUGUUUGGAUGGAUGCGGAGGCACCGCUGUUCAUGCUGUACACGAGUGGGAGCACGGGCACGCCGAAGGGCGUGCAGCACACGACGGCGGGGUACAUGGUUGGCGCAGCGACCACGUUCAAGUACAUCUUCGACUAUCAUGACGACGACGUCUACUGGUGCACUGCCGACUGCGGCUGGAUCACCGGCCACUCGUACAUGACCUACGGGCCGCUCCUGAAUGGCGCCACGUGUGUCGUGUUUGAGGGCAUUCCCACGCACCCGGAUGCUGGGCGAUCCUGGGAGAUCGUUGACAAGUACAAAGUGACAGUCUUCUACACAGCCCCGACUGCCAUCAGAGCGCUCAUGAGAUGCGGCGAUGAGUUCCCAGAGAAGCACAGCCUGGCGUCGCUCCGGUUGCUGGGCAGUGUGGGUGAGCCCAUCAACCCCGAGGCCUGGCGCUGGUAUCACUCCGCAAUUGGCCACGGCAAGUGCCCGAUCGUCGACACGUGGUGGCAGACUGAGACGGGAGGCAUCAUGAUUACGCCGCUGCCCGGUGCCUGGCCGCUCAAGCCCGGUUCCGCAACGCUCCCCUUCUUUGGAGUGCAGCCUGCUAUUGUCGACGAGCACGGGAACGAGCUAGAGGGCGUGUGCAACGGCUACCUGUGCAUCAAGCGCGCGUGGCCCAGCUGCAUGCGGACCGUCCGAAACGACCACGCGCGGUUUGAGGCGACCUACUUCCAGGCGUACAAGGGUUACUAUUUCACAGGUGACGGCUGUCGGCGAGACGAGGACGGCUACUACUGGCUCACGGGCCGGGUCGAUGACGUCAUCAACGUCAGUGGGCACCGGAUUGGGACGGCAGAGGUAGAGAGCGCGCUGGUAGCACAUGACAUCUGUGCCGAGGCUGCCGUGGUUGGUUACGAGCACCCUAUCAAGGGGCAAGGGAUCUACGCUUUUGUCAGCCUGAUGGAAGGCGUACAGCCGUCCGAGCAGGUUCGGACGGCACUAAAGGCCGCCGUCCGGCAGCACAUCGGCGCGUUCGCGACGCCUGACGUCAUCCACUGGGCGCCCGGCCUGCCCAAGACGCGGUCUGGCAAGAUCAUGCGGCGCAUCCUACGCAAGAUUGCGUCCGGGGAGCUGGACGCUUUGGGUGACAUCAGCACGCUGGCGGACCCAAGUGUGGUCGAGGUCUUGGUCAAGAACAAGGGGUUGUGAGCCUCGCGCAUAGGCGUUAGGAGAAUCUGCGUUGCCUUAGUGUAGGAUCAGGGACUUCAACAGGUUCAAGAAGAUGUAGGCAGCCGUGACUCCAGCUACAUGUUGGCGGCCGGGCAAAAGUAGGCUUUCUUGUUUAGCGUUUCACGAGUGAGCACAAGUAGAUACCUCCGAAGUUAGGCGGGAGAGAUAAGAACGACCGGGCAUAACCAGGUCGCUUUUCGUAAUCAUAAAGUUCGCCGAUGUCUGAGCGUGGAGGGAUUUGGCUAAGCGGAACAGUGAGUGAGUUUCAUAAACCAUAUUUUGUGCACAGAGACCAGUUGGCCCCGAGCAGAGUGACCGAAAUUCCAUCGUUUUGCCAGCUGUCUGACUAAGCCGAGCCUCAAAGGCCUGGUAUUGCC